GGAUAGUGAUCUGUGAUGUGAUUUGUGAAUUACCUACGUUAAGUAAAAAGUAUUCUGUGGAAAUAAAAUAAAACAAUUAUGAAAAUGGAUACGAAAAAUCUUUGUAGAGUCAAUCAAAGAUGCUAGGACAUCCUAAAGAUGUAAAAAACAAUUCGACUGAGAAGAAAAUUGACACGGUUUCAGGAUUAGAUGUAACAAAUAUAAAACCAGAAUUUUCUGUUAGAAUAGUUGUCUGUGAUCACUAUUUAACAAGGCCUUUGCCUGGGAUUGAUGUUAUAUAUUCAGAAUUUAGAGGAUCAGAUAUAAAGCAGGUGCCAGUUUUAAGAAUAUUUGGGCCUACACCUGAAGGAAGAAAAGCAUGCUUGCACAUACAUGGGGUAUUCCCUUAUUUUUACAUACCAUGCCCCACACCAAAUCCAGAGCCUCAAUUUUUAUAUCAAAUAGCAGCCAGCCUGGACAAAGCUUUAAACAUUGCUUUAAAACAAGCAACAUCAGCAAAUCAACAUGUGUACAAAAUAACUUUAGUGAAAGGAUUACCCUUUUAUGGAUUUCAUGAUAAAGAACACCUGUUUUUAAAAAUAUUCUUGUAUAAUCCUGGUCUCAUAAAACAAGCGGUUGAACUAUGUAGUAAUGGAGCAAUUUUGGGCCAAUCCCUACAACCACAUGAGUCUCAUUUAAAUUUUACGUUGCAAUUCUUCAUUGACUUUAACCUUUUUGGGAUGAGUAACAUCGAUUUACAGACAGUAAAAUUUCGUAAAAAUGGACUAUCACAAUAUAGCGAUGAACCUACUAAAUCAUUUGACGAUAUGAGUUGGGGUUUGAAACCUGAAAGCAGUUGUUUUUACGAAGCAGAUUGUACGGCAUCUCAUAUAAUAAAUCGUCAAAAAGUAGGCAAAGGUGAUGGUAUUGAAAACCCUGGUCUUGAGGAAGUAUGGAAUCAAGAAAUAGAAAGGCGAAAACAAUUAAAUGUAUCGAUAAGUUCCAAAUCGUUAUCUCAAGGCCGAAUAGGCGUCGAAGAAACAGAUACACACAGUAAAUUUGAAAAAAUCAUGGCUUUGAAAUUAUUGAAUUUAGUUGAUAAACCAGUAGAUGUCAAUAGUCUAAAAGAAUUAGUGCAUUAUCCAGCAGAAACUCAAGAUGGGUCAGAAUUACUGAAUGCUACUGAUAUAAGUAAUCAUAUACAAGAUAGUACAAUCAAUUUAAGUAUUAACACAACUUUAAGAAGAGUGCAAGAGGAGUCAAGUUACAAUAUGGACGAUACUGUUGUUAAUGAAGAUGUUGCAUUAAAUAGCAGUUUCUCUUUAAAAUACAGCCAAGUUUUCUUGGACAAUGAUGAUUUAGAAUUAGUUGAUAUAUUGCAAGAUCUAGAUGAACAACCAGUUGAAGAUGAUAGUGUUAUGGGUACCCCAGCAAACGAUGAUGUUAAUAACGAAACAGAAUCUGAUGAUGCUGAAUAUUCACAAAUAUUUAAUGAUGAGACUGUUCUUUUGGACCCCUAUGCUUGCAAUAAGGAAAAUAACGAGGAAUCACCUACUUGGAAUGAUUCUUUUUGGGAAGGAGCUAAUAUACCGCAAUUAGAUGGAACUUUUGAUGAUGAUCAUGUAAAGAAAGUAAGAAAAAGAAAAAUGAGACCUCUCAAAGUAGGUUUAUCUCGACCUAAAGGUAAAAAGAAAAUAGUUUUAAAUAAAUUAUCUGAAAAUCAUGAAUUUAAGACUGAUAAAGACAAAGGAAAUGAAAGUGAAUCAGAUGAAAUUAAUGUGUCUCAAGAAACAAUUGAAGAUAUAUCUAGUUUGCAUCUUAAGAGAACAUCUAACUUUAAUUCUCCUUUAAAAGAAAAUAGUGAUAUGGGAAUUUAUGGCAAUACUCAAGAUAGUGAAGAGUCUAUUUCGAAUCCAUGUCAAAAAGUAGAUAAUAAACCAAUAGUUGAAUGUAUUUUAUUUAAACAAGACUCAGAGUUGAAUUUAGCUAAAAGUGUGUGUGAUAAACAAAAUAAAGAUAUUGAUGCAGCUACUUUGUACGAUAUGAAUAAAGACUUUGAACCAGUGGCAGGCCCAUCAAAUAUUAAUAAUGUGAAAAAUGAAUCAAUGAAUUUUGAAUACAAUUAUGAUUCAACACCUGAAGAAGAUGUAGGAAUAGAAAGCUUUUAUGACAAAUCAAAGAUAUUCGAUUUAUCUAUUGAAGAUCGAAACAAUGCUGAAAACGAAUACAUUGAAAUGGAAAGUCAAAGUAUAUUAGAAAGCAAAUCAAAUAUUUUAGAAGUAAAAACUGAACAAAAUUUUAUACAGAAUUUUGCCAGUGAUCAUAAAAUCAGCAAAACUACAAAAAUAUUAACUCCAAAAAUAAGGCCGCCUACUAGAGAAUUUAUUUUAUCGACAUUGGAAAAGUAUUCGAUUCCAAAAACUAAAAAUCCCGAACCCUUUUACUCAUGUCACAAAGAUGUUGGCGAUAAGGUAGAAAUCGGUCAAAUGGUAAUAAAACUAAAGAGCAAACUGGCUCGAGACCAAAAACCUUUUGAUAAAGUUUUAGACGUAACUAGCAUAGAAGAGUGGCGUCAAUUACUAUUUUUACAAACUAACGAAAUCUCUGAAGAUACUUCGAAGCCUGAUGCACUAAAAUUAUUACUUGCUAGUAAUAGACAAUGUAUAUUGAGACCUUUGAAUCGACCGCCAUUGCGUAGUGAAGUUGUGAAAUGGAUUGAAAAUAACGAAAACAAUUCAAAAGCUCAAGAAUUGCGUGAUGAUAAUAUUGAAGAUAUUCGCGUUAAUAUUGAUGAAUUAGAAAGUUCUCAAGCUAUAGGCCUCAAUGAAUUAAACAAUACGAUUAGCUUGGAGUCAACAGAAAAGGAUAAAUCUGAUUUAAAUAAUACACUUCAAGUCACAAUGCAACCUGAUGGAUCAUAUCUUUGUUUUGGAAGUAGUGAAAAAAAUACAGAAAAUUCGUUUUUAACCCCGACAGUUGAGACAGACUUUCUUACGUUGAUGCUUUUAGAAGUACAUACUUCAGUCAGAGGAGAUUUGAAUCCUGAUCCAGCUUUCGAUCAAAUAAAAGCUGUAUUUCUUACAGUUACUAAUGACUGUCCACCUAAUCACCAUUUACAAAGAAAUGUUACCGAAAUAUUCGUCGUCGAUAGCUCAAAAGAAAUUAAAUACUUAGACAAAUGUGUGUUUAAUUACAAAAUUAGUUACGCAGACGACGAAUUCGUGGUUUUUGAAAAAAUCGUUGAUUUCGUAAAAGCACAUGAUCCUGAUAUAAUGUGUGGAUAUGAAAUUGAGAUGAACUCUUGGGGUUACGUGAUGGAGAGAGCACAAAUAUUGGGUUUGGAAAUGAUUAAAGAAAUUUCUCGAAUCACUGAGAAAAACCGUCAGAAACGCUAUAGACAUGAUGAAAAUGAAUUAGAGGGUAGAGUGAUUGGGAGGAUCACAUUCAAUGUGUGGCGUUUAUUCCGAUACGAGCUUGCUUUAUCAAGCUACAGCUUUGAGAACUGCAUGUAUGAAGUGUUAAAAGAAAGAGUGCCGUCAUACAGUUUUGCUCAACUGGCCGAAUGGUGGAAUGACCAAUCAAGAAUAUUGCGAUGGAUUCCUGUGGAAUAUUACAUGACCAAAUUGAAUGGAACUGUAAGAAUGUUAGAUAAGCUUGAUAUAAUCCAUCGUACAUCAGAGUUGGCCCGGCUAUUCGGUCUUCAAUGGUGGGAAGUGCUAUCCAGGGGAUCUCAGUUUCGAGUUGAAUCUUUAAUGCUUCGUGCGGCGAGGCCUCUUAACUUGGUCGCGUUAUCCCCCACCGUGAAACAGAGGGCUGCCAUGCGCGCUCCAGAAUGUUUGCCUCUCAUAUUUGAACCAGAAUCUCGUUUCUACACUGAUCCAGUCAUAGUAUUAGAUUUUCAAAGCCUGUAUCCAUCCAUGAUGAUAGCCUAUAAUUACUGUUUCUCAACUUGCAUAGGAAGAGUGCAAAACAUAAACGGUGAAGCUCCCUAUGAAUUUGGAGCGUGGCGGUUACGAAUACCACAGACCAAGUUGGAGACUUUGAUGAAUAACGGCCUCGUCCAUUGGUCGCCCGUAGGAGUAGGGUUUGUCAAGUCGUCCGUCCGUCGAGGAGUCUUGCCGGCCUUGUUGCGCAGGAUCCUCGCGGCGAGGCAAGCUGUCAAGAAAGGUAUGAAGCUGCAGACAGACGAGGCAGUAAAGAAGGCCAUGCAUUCGCGACAAUUAGGUUUGAAGCUUAUAGCGAACGUGACGUACGGAUACACAGCGGCCAAUUUCAGCGGUCGCAUGCCGUGUGUGGAGGUUGGCGACAGUGUGGUGGCCAAAGGCAGAGAGACAUUAGAGCGCGCCAUCAGAUUGGUGAAGAACAGCCAGUGGAAUGCUAAGGUGGUGUACGGCGACACGGACUCUAUGUUCGUGCAGGUGCCGGGCGGCACGCGCGCGGAGGCCUUCCGCAUCGGACAGCAGAUAGCCGACGCCGUCACCGCCGACAACCCCUCGCCUGUUGCACUCAAGCUAGAAAAGGUAUACCAACCUUGUAUCUUACAAACAAAGAAGCGCUACGUGGGCUAUAUGUACGAGAGCCCGGAUCAAGAGAAGCCGGUAUACGAAGCUAAGGGUAUAGAAACUGUUCGUAGGGACGGCUGCCCUGCUGGAGUUAAGCUGCUCCAACGCUCUUUGUGUGCGUUAUUCGAAACUGGCGAUAUGUCUGUUGUCAAGCGGCUGGUGUGCGGCACUCUGUCCAAACUGACGGACGGCAGUCUGCCGCCGCAGGAGCUGUUCUUUACGCGAGAGUACCACGGCCCGGCCGGGUACCGCCCGGGCGCCGCCGCGCCGCCUAACGAAAUCGCCAAGCGGCUGGUAUCGCGUGAUCGCCGCCGCGCGCCGCGUUCAGGCGAGCGCGUGUCGUGGCUGGUGUGCGCGGGCGCGCCCGGCACGCCGCUCGUGCGACUCGCGCACUCUCCGCGCGAGCUGUUGCGCGACGUCGCCUUAUCCCCGCACGUGGCGUACUACGCUACGAGGGUGUUGUUGCCGCCGUUACACAGGUGCCUGUCUCUACUCGGCGUCGAUGUUUUUAAAUGGUGGCAAGAAAUCGGCUGGAACCGUGAAGCGCAAAUAGAAAGAUCAAACGCAGCGGGUGGUAUCGCGCGCUACAUGCAACGCGGCCGCUGCGCAGUGUGCGGCGCGCGCGGCUCCCGCGCGCUGUGCGCCGUCUGCGCCGCGCGCCGCCAGCCCAGCGCCGCGCUACUCGCCGCCAGGCUCGCGCGAGCCGACUUGCACGUGCACUACUGUUACCAGAUUUGUAAGUCUUGUUGCGGUCACCCGCGUCACCGGGAAUGUGAGAACACGGAGUGCCCCGUGCUGUGGAGGAGGGUCACAGCCCUGCAGAAGGCGCAGCAGAUACGAGAUAUUACAACUAACUUGCCGCCAACCUAUAUGGAAGAAGGAAUCGAUUUUUAGACUAGUGAAUAUUAAAAGAAAUUGUGAAAAAUCAUAUGAAUUAAUGUAUACA